AUGCGUUCGCCCACGAAGAUCCGCACUCCGACCAAGUUGGCGCGGCCACGAGAGACCCACUGGGCGUCGAAAGCCAAGGACGUGAAGAAGAGGCUACUCGAAGCUGGAGACGGCUCACUUUCCAGCGCGCUACCGCCUCCCAAGCGUACUAAACUGAGCGCUGCACAGACCUCCACACAGCAAAAGACUGUGGCUCGGUGCCUGGAGGAGGAGUUAUUGCGGGACAAUGCCAGGAUGCGGCUCAAGGCCUCAAGUCUGCGGGACGAAGUAGACUUUUACUACGGAGUUCUGGCCCGAAUUGAGCUGGUGGCAGCUCAGCAGACACGAGCAGGUGGAGACAGGAGUAAGGAGCUGCAGGAACAGGUUAUGCGAGUCGCAGAGCGAUUGCAACGGAUCAUCAGCGCUUCGAAGCCGGCAGUGACUGCAGUGGAGAGUAAUGGACACCAUACCCAGACGUGA